UUAUGGGAGUAAUGAAAGAACAAAUGAAACGGCCAGUAAAUUAAAAAAAUAGAAAUCAAAUUUUUUUGAAAAGAAUAAAAACAGGGGAGGGAACAGAGGAAGAAACCAGAAGAAGAGAAGAAGAGAUGGAAAAUGGAAAUGGAGAAGGAAAAGGAGAAUUCAUAAACCAAAACAAUGACUUCUUCCUUGAUUCCAUGUCAAUGCUCUCCUCUCUCCCUCCUUGUUGGGAUCCAUCUCUUCCUCCUCCUCCUCCUCCGCCACAAUCUCUUUUCCACGCUCUAGCCGUCGACGCCCCCUUCCCCGACCAGUUCCAUCAUCCUCAGGAGUCAGGAGGUCCAACAAUGGGUAGCCAAGAAGGGUUACAGCCACAAGGUACAGUGUCGACCACGAGCGCACCUGUUGUUCGUCAAAAGCCAAGAGUUCGAGCCAGGAGAGGCCAAGCCACCGAUCCUCACAGUAUCGCUGAGAGGCUUAGAAGGGAACGCAUCGCAGAGCGUAUGAAGUCUCUCCAAGAACUGGUUCCCAACACCAACAAGACGGAUAAGGCAUCAAUGUUGGACGAGAUCAUCGAGUAUGUUAGGUUCCUUCAGCUUCAAGUCAAAGUACUAAGCAUGAGCAGAUUGGGAGGUGCAGGAUCAGUUGGUCCACGCCUCAAUGGUCUCUCCGCAGAGGCAGGAGGACGGCUCAAUGCCCUCACUGCACCGUGCAAUGGCUUAAAUGGGAAUGGAAACGCUACAGGAUCGUCCAAUGAGAGCCUAAGGUCAACAGAACAAAGAGUGGCGAAACUGAUGGAGGAAGACAUGGGAUCAGCAAUGCAAUACCUUCAAGGGAAGGGGCUUUGCUUAAUGCCAAUAUCUCUCGCAACCGCGAUAUCAUCAUCAACUACUCACUCUCGUGGAUCCCUCUUUAACCCCAUCUCCAGUGCUGUAGCAGCAGAGGAUUCAAAUGUAACAGCAACUGCAGUUGCUGCACCUGAAGCCUCGUCUACUAUGGAUGAUGUAUCUGCUUCCAAGGCCUGAACCAUAGAAUACUCAUGUGUUUCGUUUUCUCAGUUUAAGUCAAACGCUAAUCUCCCUAUCUUUUUACUAUUUUCUCUGCUAAGCAACAAUAAUAUAAAACAGUUGCAACAAAGAACAAAACCGACAAGAGAUGAACAUUCGUAUACGUGUGUUGGGUCAUGGGUGGUGGGACCGGAAAUUUAGAGACAUGCGUCCCACUACCUUCCCAAAUCACUUUGUGUCAACGUGUUACGUUACUAGUGCGUGGUGCCUUAACAUAUUUGUUUGCACAAUCGUGGUUCGUGGAAACAGUAUAAUAUUCAUG